UGUCGGUAAGCCAGUGUGAGCUUAACCGUGGCCAGGGAUGUGUUGCGCUCCCCUUCGCGCCCUCCCUUAUACACGUGCAGUCCCCCUUUCCUUUCCCUUUGAGACAGAACAGGGAGGAAAAGGCCACAAGGGAAGGUAGAAGACUGGUGGCUGUGGGCGUGUCACCGGCUCCGCACACCCUCCUAGUCAGCCAACACGUGGGAAAAAGUAUAUAUAAAAAAAGAAAAGAAAGUUUGGUUCACCCCUCCCCCCCCACACACACACCUUGUCUGCUCCUUACCUGCUGAUUUGUGCCCUUGAUCCAGAAGUAAUAGUAGUGCCCGUGCCAUCACACCUGCUCACCGGCUACACCUGCUAACGGGCCUACCUUACCUGGCCUACACCUGUUAACGGGCCUACACCUGCUAACGGGUCGACCUUACCUGGCCUACACCUGCUAACGGACCUACACCUGCUAAUUAACGGGCCUAUCUACCUGCCCACACCUGCUAACGGACCUACACCUGCUAAUUAACGGGCAUAUCUACCUGCCCACACCUGCUAACGGACCUGUCUACCUGCUACAUCUGCUAACGGGCCUACACCUGCUAAAGAGCCUACCUACACCUGUCUACACCUGUUUGACCUGGUUAUGUGUGCGGUGUGUGAUGUGGUGGUGAUGUGACUGGUGUGGCUGUGACUAGUGUGGCCUCUGUGUCACAUCCCGUCAACCAGGCCGAGUAGGAAAAAAAGGUCGGAUAAAUAGAAGAAAAAGUUAGAGUGGAAGGCGAAACCAGAGCGAAUGAAGGAAGAGAAGGAAAGGAAAAUAAUAUCCAACACUGGCUUAUGAAAAUUGUCUUACUUAGAUAAAUGUAAAAGAUAAAAGAGAAAAGUAUUUAUAUCAAGAGAGAGAAAGCGAGUAGAAAUCAAAGUGUGGAUGAAAGAAAACAAGAAAAUAAAUAUAUAUAAAAAGGAGAAAAAAAAUAGAGAAAAAAGAAGAUAAAGACAAUACAAUAAGUGGAGUGUUGUGCUUUAUGAAGUGAAAGAAUUAGGAUUUAGUUAAUCUAUUAUUUUUGCACCUGUAAUUACGUUGGGAAAGGAGUGCAUGGCGAUAACUGUGUACCGGUAACUGUGUGUGUGUGUGUGUGUGUGUGGCGGGACAGCAUCUGGAGUCCUCACACACCACCACCACCACCACCGUCACCACCACCGUCACCACCACCCUGCAACCUUCACCCUGCCUCCCAGUCCUCAAGUGUCGGCGGCAUGGGGAUGAGGGGAGGACACAGGAGGCGGAGAAGGCAUGAGGAGGCUACAGAACACCCCACAUCCCCAAACACUCCCAGGCCUCCCCCGCCCUCCAGGCCCUUGGGUUGGGGUGGUGGGGCGUGGCGGGGGCGGGGUGUGCUGUGGGGCGUGGUGGGGCUUUUCUUCCUGUCCUGCGUGGUUGGGGAGGUGGACGAGAGGAGGCAGGAGCUGGCCACGCGUCCCACCUCCUUGGAUGUUGACCACAAUGUGAAGUGGGCAUCCUCCUGCGAAUCUGUCAUCUCUUCGGGGAAGUGGCCGGAGAAUGUGUCUGACAGCGACGAGAAGUACCUGUUCGUGGGCUUCCUGCCGACGCGCCAGGGCGAUCGCAUGGAGCGGCUGGGCAUCAAGAUCCCCGGCGCCUUCACCUACUCGGCGGAGCGCGUCAACGAGAAGGGAGUCCUGCCGGAGGGAUACAAGCUGAAGUUCGAGUUCUACGACACGCGCGGGGAGGAGGUCAUGGGCAGUAGCAUCAUGGUGGACCUUCUGUGCCGCAACGUAUCCGCCGUCUUCGGCCCGGAACACACCUGCUUCGUGGAGGGCACCAUCGCCGAGGGACACAACCUUCCCAUGCUGUCCUACGGCUGCACCAACGAAAUAGCCUCCAAGUUCAAGACCUUCGUGAGGACCAACCCUUCGGAAAUCUACAUCAUCCGCACGGCCGUGGCGGCGAUGAAGCACAACAACUGGACGCGCUUCUCCGUGAUCUACGAGCGGGACCAGGAGAGCACCAAGGACACACUGGUGCGGGAGGCCGAGAGCUCCAACAUGACGGUGAACCACGUGAUCGCUUAUGACGAGGAGCGGCUCUACCUCAUCCUGGACGCCACCAAGAACGAGACCAGAAUCUACGUCUACGUGGGUCACCGGACUUACGUGGAAAAGCUGCUGAACGUGAUGGCCAUGACGGGUAUGUUCCCCGCCGGCAAGGGCUCCAAAGAGUACCUCCUCCUCUACAUUGAGAACGAGGAGUACAAUUCGGACGACUGGCUGCACUAUAUUUGGGGGAACACUGCGACGAAGCAGAAGAACAGCUGCCGCGCCGAAGACCUCCUCCCCUUCUACAAAGCCUUCAUGGUGGUGGCCAAUAGGAAGCCGGAGUUCAGUGAGUUCUCCCAGCGCGUCCGGGAGUACAACAAGCGCGCACCCUUCUGCCUGGGCCACAGCAAGAGCGACGAAUAUGGGAAUCGGGAUGGACGGAGUGUUGCCGUAGGGUUGAAGCAUAUCCCUUACCUACCCUCGGCCCAUCUCUACGACUCGGUCCAGCUCUACGCGAGGGUCGUUGCGGAGCUGUACGAGGAGCUGAAGAGCCAGGGCCAGAACGUGUCGGUGCCGGAGAUAGCUCGGAACGGCACGCUGAUCAAGGACAGACUCAGGAACAUAACCUACGAAAGCAUCCUCGGCUUCAACAUGACCAUGAACAUCAACGCUACCAGUGAGGGCAAGUACAGCGUCUACCUCUUCUCCGAGUGUCCCAGCGCCAACACCUUCAACUGCUCCCUCUGCCUGCACAAAAUCAGCGACUACCAUAGCGAGAACCGCUCCCUGGACGCUACCGCAGUUCGCUUGGAUAUCCUCGACGAGCCUUACUGUGGUUACGAUGGGCAUAAGUGCGACACGGGGCAACAGUACCAGAAGCAGAUCGCCUGGGUGUUGGGGAGCAUCCUGAUUCUGUGCCUCUUCAUCUCGACCAUCCUCUACCGGAACUGGAAAUACGAGCAGGAGAUUGUCGGCCUGCAGUGGAGGAUCAACCAGAUGGACCUGACCAUGAGCAACAACCACGUCUCUGCUGGGAGUCGGCAAAGUCUGGUGAGCGCCGUCUCGUUUGACCUGCACGGGCUGUGGUAUCAGAACCUGGCUAAGUACAAGGGCGCCGUGGUAUGUGUCAAGAUGAUCCCCCUCAACCAGAAGCGGCCCGAGCUCAGCAGAAACACCAUGAAGGAGAUGAGGAACAUGCGGGAGAUGAAGCAGGACAACGUGUGUGCCUUCAUCGGGGCCUACGUGGAGCACAACAAGACGAACACGGGCGGGGAGCGCACCAAAGUGGCCCUCGUGUCGGAGUACUGCCCACGCGGUUCCCUGCUGGACAUCCUCGCCAUGGAGGACAUCAAGCUGGACUGCCUCUUCAUCUCCUCGCUCGUCCAUGAUCUCUUGAGGGGCAUGAUCUUCCUACACUCGCACUUCGGGCCUCACGGGAACCUCAAGUCUUCGAACUGCGUCGUGAACAGUCGCUGGGUGCUUCAGAUCACCGACUACGGGCUUCACGACCUGCGAUGCGAGACCCUGAACCAGCUGGAGAGAGACGACCAAGUGCAGUUCCAUAGACAGAUGCUGUGGCGCGCCCCGGAGCUGCUGAGGAAGGGGAUCGACGCCCCCGGCACGAAGGAGGGUGACGUGUACUCCUUCGGCAUCAUCUUCCACGAGAUCAUAGGUCGCCAGGGCCCCUACGGCAUAUACGACAUCGUGGGCAACGACGACGCGACAGACAUCAUCAGGAAGCUCAAGGCGGGUAGCACGGAGGCCGGGUCACCCUACCGCCCCAACAUGAACAAGAUCGUGGACAUGCCCUUCGGUUCGGACUCCGCCGUGCGCACCAGCAUGCAGAGUUCCUGGUCCGAGUCCCUCACCGAGCGGCCGACCUUCAGGACCCUCAAGCUGAAACUGAAGGGCAUGAAAGAUAAGGGCAAAAGGGGCAACCUGAUGGACCACAUGAUGCAGAUGAUGGAGCAGUAUAGCAAGAACCUGGAGGACCUGGUGGCCACACGGACCCAGGCCCUGCGCGACGAGGAGAGGAUGACCAAGGACCUGCUACACCGGAUGCUGCCCUCGUCGGUGGCGUCCAGUCUCCUGCAGGGGAUAGCCGUGGAGCCCCAUGGAUUUGAUGCCGUCACCAUCUACUUCAGCGACAUUGUGGGCUUCACUUCACUGUCUGCCGAGAGUACGCCAUAUGAGGUGGUGACUUUCCUCAACGACCUCUACACACUCUUCGACAAGAUCAUCCGUGGCUACGACGUGUACAAGGUGGAGACCAUAGGCGACGCAUACAUGGUUGUGUCGGGCCUGCCGCACCCCAACAAUGGCAGGCAUGCCGGGGAGAUAGCAUCCAUGGCCCUGGAGCUGCUGGACGGGGUCCGCCACAAGUUCGUGAUCCACCACCGCCCCAAGAAGAAGCUGCUGCUGAGAAUAGGCCUGCACACCGGGCCUGUCAUCGCCGGCGUGGUGGGCCUCACCAUGCCCCGGUACUGCCUGUUUGGAGACACCGUCAACACCGCCUCGAGAAUGGAAAGCAAUGGUGAGCCACUGCGCAUCCACAUCUCUCAGCGGUGCCGUGACGCGCUGGAGGGGCUGGGCGGCUACCUGACAGAGAAGCGCGGCCUCGUCCCCAUGAAGGGCAAGGGCGAGGUGCUGACCUACUGGCUCAACGGGGCCACCAAGGAGGCCAUACAGCGGAGGGAGGUGCUGCCUGUAGCCCCGGUAUGCUCUCUUGAGGGGCCUCUCGGACUACUCCAACUCGUGAGUGAGUCUGUGCCGCCGCUGCUGCAGGUGGGCCACACUGAGGGCGGUGAGCUGAGGAAGAGAAGCCCAAGACUCAGCUCCCUUGGGAACCGCACCUCCAGCGUCCCCAGGAGCAUGGAAGACGCCGGGGACCAGAACGGGGUGCCGGGUGGGGUGCUGGAAGACACCCCCAUGCGUGACUCCCCCCGGUCAGAAAUCUUCCGCCGCCGCCGCCUCAGCAGCAACUUCCGCACGUCCAGCAUCGACAACACACCGAGGGGCAGCCUGCUCUGUCCACCCACCACCAACACGCCCGAGAGAGAGUCCACACCCGAUUCCAUCCCCCAGAGCAUCAGUCUCGACGGCCUGAACCAGUCCGGGCUGAGGCUAGAGGUCCCGGCGCUUCAGACCAUCACCGCCGCCACUUCCCCCUCAUCCUCCGAGCCGACACUUCCCAUGGAGGAUAAAAGAGGUGUUAAUUUCUGCCCGUCUGCGCGUACGGGUGGCGCCUCUGUCCCGACGCAGGGGAACGGGGAGCGGGAACCCAUGUUGUGCGGGGAGGAAGGGGAGGAGACAUGGGAGGAGGAGGAGAGGGGAACGAGAGGUGACGGCAGCCCUAUCCCAAGCAGUCCCGAGGCUAAGUCUAAUUCCCUAAAGGCCUGGUUUUCGGGGUUCUUCCGUCACCCUAAGCCGCCCCCGGGGAUCGCGUCCAAGUUUACGCUGAAUGGGCUGCGGCGGGAGAAUGUGGUGUGAGUUUGUGCAUGUGUAUGUGUGUGUUUCUUGGGGUCCGAAACGUCACCCAGGGAUGUUGUAGCAAUGUAAUAUUAUCCAAGUCCUUCCUCUCUUCAUUCACUCAUAUGGCAUUCAUGGAUCUUGCCACUACUGCUGCUAAAAUUAUGUGUGUGUCUGUGUGUGUGUGUGUGUGUGUGUGUGUUGACGGAACAUUCUGUGGCACAUCUCGGAAACAUUGUGAUACAGACUUGGAUGUUUUGGUGUGUUGGGAGAGGAUGUUCCAGCAGAUGAUGAGGCAGACGACAUCAUUGGGACGUUGCAGUGUUUUGACGUGGCACGAAUUACCACACGAAGAACGGAUUUAUCUGUUGUGGGAAUAUUAGAUGAUGUUCCAAGUUAUGAUGAGACAGACUGCAUCAAACGGACAUUACAUUGUUUUAUAAUAGCACAACUUAUCAUGAAAAGGACCCAUCUAUGUGCUGUGGAACCUUAUCGGAAGUACUGAAACAUCUGACCACAUCCACGCACGUCAUAGAAACACAAUAUUGAGUUUCAGUAAUAGUAAAUGUGUGGACUGUAGUGAUUUAUAAGAGGCAGUUUAGCGUAUCAAGACCUAUUUAUAUGCUCUAGAGUGUUGCAAGAAGUAGUGUGUCAGGCUACCACAUUUAUAUAAGUCGUAGAAAGAUAAAAAUAAUGAGCCUGAGUGGAGUAUGCAAUGAGCCAAAGUGUGUCGCAUUGAAGUGUCUUAUUUUAACUUUUAUAUCGUGUACACUGGAACUGCUAUAUAUGUGUGUGUGUGUGUGUGUGUGUGUGAUGGUAUGCUGAAGUGUAUGAAGUGUGUGACUAAGGAUGUAGGGUUGAAAUUUGAUCCCCAUGAACUAUUAUCAAAACAUUCUAUCCUUGGUUGGCUGAGGACAGAAUUUUGAACUCCCUGUGAAUUAGCGACGAAAUUUCUCUCUCCGAACAGACAAAAUUUUUAUACCCGGUGAACGAGACAAAAUUUUAGGGGACGAUAUAUACCCUUGGUGAACUAAGAACAGAAUUUUUAUACCCUUUGAAUGAGAGAACGAGGGAUAAAUCUUUCAUCCCCAUAGACUAUUUGAUUGAAAAUUGCCGAGUAAGUCCUUUGGUGCUGCCCUGUCAAGUUCUAAACCUGGGGCAUUGUGGUGUGUCUUAAAGAGCAUUGGAUGCCUUAAAAGGGAAUUAUCAUGGGUGACUCAUCUGUGUUGUCAUAUGAAAAGUUGCCCUCUUGAAAAUGGCUCACAGUGGAAGGAAGAAAAGAAGGAAACGAAGGAAGGAAAAGACCGAAUUAAUUAGGUUUUUGUUUAAGUUUGCAUAAGAAGGAAGAAAAAAAGAAACAAGAAGGGAAAAGACGAAUUCAGUUUUUGUUAAGUUUACGUUGAACUCCCUUUCCUGAAAAUGGCGCAUAGUUGACAAUGGGAGAAAAGAAGAAAAAUAAAAGGAAAAGAUGAAUUAAGUUUUUGCUUAAGUUCGUAUCUUCUCUUGAGUCAUUAGAGAAGAGAAAGAAAGAAAUACAACUGAGUGUCAUCUCUUGCCAUUUGUUUUAGUUUAGUCAAUCAUGGAACAGAAAGAAAACAGAAACAAGUGCAGUUGAAAGGACUACACACGUACAUUUUUUCGUGCAUAACUAUGGUAGACGUGAAGCUUUGAGUUAUCCCACAAAUGACUUUCUCGGCCAUCUAGAAAAUUACGCCUGGAAAAAGAAGUGCAUAUGUGUGUUGACAGACAUAUAAAAAAAAAAAACCACAUCAAAAAUAGACUAGACGAUAUCCCGGUGAAUACUAUAUAUAUGUGUGUGUGUGUGUGUGUGUGUGUGUGUGUGUCCGUAAAAGGGUGAUGUGUUUGCGAGGAAGAGGGAGAAAAGUUUAUGUGUUUGUGUCCUAAAGUGGUUUGUAGAGAAAGAAAGCGUAUGUGUCCUGAACUAUGUAUAAGGGAAUGACUGAUGAUAUAAUUAUGUGCCUGUGUGUC